AUGGCAGCUGAAGGUGUUCUUCACCACAAGAGCAAAUCGAGAAACAGGGGAGUAUCAUGGCAAAAGGUUGUCGAAAGACUCAAUGCUCUGCCAAGCUUCGAUGUGAAUACAAAGUCUGUUCGGGAUCGAUUUAACCUCCUAGCAAAAAAAUAUAAAGUAAAAAUGGGAAAACAAGAGAGAGCAACAGGUGGUGGGGGCAUAGAGGUGACUGAGGCAGAAAAUCUACUAGAAGAGUUGAUUGCGAUGGAAGAAGAUACAAAUGAGAGGGCUGAUGAAGAAAGUAGAGCGAGGCAGAUUGUUGAAGAUGAAGACAAGGCAAAGGCAAUCGAGAUGCGAAAGAGGGCAAUGGAGAGUAUGGGAGAAACAAGAGAGAGAUUGGGGAAGAAGAAUGAAGAAAAGAGAAGAAGAUCAGGGAAUCAGUCAAUGGUGUUUUUGGAGAAGGCAAUUGAGACAAAACAGAAGAUGCAAGAGGAGGAAAAGAGAGCAAGAGAGGAAGAGCGCCGAGAUCAGCAGGAGAUACAAACUGCAUUUUUGAGGCAGUUGGAAGUUAGUCAGCAACAACAUGCUGCUCAGUCUAACAUGACUGAGCAGCAUUUGUUGCAAAGCAUCGCAAUGCAACAACAACAACAACGGCAACAAAUGCAGCAGUUUUCAGCCAUGCAAAAUAACAUGAUGGCUUUAAUGGAACAACAGCGCCAGCAAUCAGAGAUGAUUCUGGAACUUUUUAAAAAGACAAAUAAUAAUUAA